CGAAUUUCAAAAGGGCGAUGAUAUUCUGUCAGCAGUAAAAAUAUGCAUGGAAGAUAAAUGUCGUCGCGGGAAAAUUGAUUCCAGCACCAUCAAAAACACUGUCACGAAAAAAUGGUGCAACUUUACGUUAAAUCACCUACUGCACCUGGUGCCACUCCUGAGUGGAUGUUGAUAGAGCUACAAGGAGCCAUUGAAUCACCGGACAAUGAACAACUCACUGGUAGAUUCAUUGGAGAUUUACAUUUCAAUCUCAAGGGAGUUCCAGUCCUGAUCAUCGGCCAUCACAUCCUCUACGGAAAGGUCACUGACCUUGAGAAACCCUUCAUUGUCUUGAUGAAGAAUGAGAAUGCAGCCAAGGUCAUUGACGGAGACCAUGCUUCAGAUGCUAUGGAUGUAGAUUCUAGUCAGGAUGGGAACGGUCGUGACAAUACCUUAUCCCAACAGGACGAUACUUACUACUAUGUGAAUGCAGUGAUCAAGAAGAAAAUGAUUUUUAAAGCGAGACCGAAGCCUAUCAUUACCAAUGUGCCAAAGAAAGUAUGACAUUAAAACCGAUUGACUCGAACUCUUUCACUUCAAAGAACUUUUCAUUGGCUCAUAUCCUAGUGCAGCAAUGUUGCAAUGUGUUUGAUGCUACAGCAGUGAGAUCAUACCGAGAUGAAAAGAUCUUGUGGAUAUUUGUCUUGUGGCAUUAAAUUGCCAUUACAUAUUUACAUCGUCUGGUCUCUGGUCUUUUUACAUCAACUGGUCUUUGGCAUCUACAUUAACAAGGAUUGGCAGUUUUGAAUCUUCUGCCAGUCUUGUCUCAAGUUCCCUAUGUCUCUGUCUUUAUUUGGUUGAGUAUAAAUAUUUGGGAAAGUAAGGCAAUAGACAUGGAAAUUUGGUUCAACACACAAGGACUUCAAAUGUAUCAAGUCAUGCACCUUUAGGUAAAAGGAUUUGCAUUGUUCAGGGAAGUAUAAAAAGGUCUAAACCUUGACCUUGUUAUCUGUC